AUGGUUACGAAAAUUGAAGGUCGUGCCUCACAUCGUGAUUUAAUUGAUGACAUCGUUGAAGCACCAUCGGCCGCAUCGUUUCAUUCCAAUUCUGUUUCGUCUUUUACAAUGGAAGGAGUAAAAACUUUGCCAGCAAGAAACUAUUCGAGUUAUUCAAACAUUCCAACAUUGUUCAAUAAUUCUAACAAAUCGAAAAGUGAACAGAAUGAGCAUUCAUCACGAACAACUGUCUUAACCGAUGAACUCCGUGACCGUUUAAAUUUAACUUUACCACGUUCGAGCUCAUCGACAACAGUGAGAAAUACUGAUGAACGACGAAAAGAACUCGAUAUUGUUCUAAAGCACUUAUACGAUGGGAAGUUAUUGACAUCGCUGAACGAUGAUCGAGCAUCGUCCGAGACUUCCGAACAUUCCAUUCCAAUCCUAGCUAAAGGACCACUAACAGCAACAACAAGCAUCGGUUUCAAAGCUGACGAUGAACCAAAGCUCAACGUGGAAAAUCUCGAUCUUCUUUCCUAUGAUGGUGAUGCGACAUCACUUCAACGUGAAUUACAAGAAAAAGAACUUGAUAUAAUACAUUUACAUAAAGAAAUCCAAGAAUUACAAUUAGAAAAUAAAUUACUCAAAGCUAAAAUACCAAUUCAAUAUCAAAACGGUCAUACAAGUAAUAACACGGAAACUGAAGCACUUCGUCGUGAGAGGGAUAUUCUACAGAACGAACUGCGUGUUCAACAAGAAUUAGUUGCUAAACUUCAAAAUCAACAGCACAACAAUGGAAUGGUUACACGUACGAGCAAACUUGAUGAAGUUACUCUACAUCAAAAAGAAGCGUUGGAAAAGAAACUAAGAGCAUAUGAAAAACAAAUGCGGACGUUGACUAAUGAAAAUGAUAAGUUAAAACAACAGAUUCAUCAAACCGAUCGAACAAUUGCUCAAUUAAAACGUGAAAAUGAAGAAUUGCAGCAAAAAGCCGCUGAAACAAAGAAACGUAAUGAUGAGUUGCUUUAUCAGGAAUUCAACGCGCUUCGAAAUGAUCUUAAAUCGUUUAAACAGCGAAAUGAUGAUUUAUUUGAAGAAAAUCGUCGACUGUUACAAGAACAACAGCGACAACAACAGAAUCUUGCUUGGCGAACCACAGUUCAACAAGCAUUUGCUGAUCCACACGCACCACAGCAGCAGCAGCAGCAGCAACAACAGCAACAGCAACAAUCAAGUUUACAAAAUGACGUUAUAGUGUCUUCGUCUCCAUCGAAAGCGCCGCACUCUGAAUCACGACGUGAUCGUUCGAAAGUUCGAAGUGAUAGUCCAAACUUGUCGGAAGGUAGUGACUCGACAAAUUAUUUGACAUCCGUCAGUGUUGAACGAUAUCACAAUCGGCCAACAUCUGCAAUACAUCGUUCAACAAAAAUUGAGGGAAUCAGUCGUCAUCAAUCUUCGAAAUAUCAUUCAACAAAUCAUCCAGAUGAUUUCAAUCGAAAUAAUUACCCGAAUUCAUUCGCCAAAUCUGUGGAUCAACAAGGAAAUUAUCGUUCGUCGAAAUCUAAGCGAUCCGUUGAAUGGGACGAAGAAAAUAUUCAACGGAAUGAAGAAUCUCUUAAAUAUGCACUAGUGCCAUAUACCGGGCCGUACAAUCGAGAUCUUGGAUCCUAUGACCAUCAUCAUCGCUUACCAAAACAACGCUCUCCGGAGAGAUCGAAUGAUUACGCAUCUCCCCCAGUCGCAGUAUCAUCGCCUGCUUUACAUCAACAAAACUACAACCUUUCUCGAAGUACCACAUUACCUGAUUCUGAUCAUCAAUCACGUCGUUCAAAUAGUUAUAAUGUAUCGAACAGACACAUGAACAACGACGAUGAUGCACAGCAUGACGAUCGUCACCAGAAUCGACAUCGUCGACCGAGUGUCGAAACAGCUAGUCCAAAACGUCCUUAUGCUCCAUCAUCUAUUACUGAUAUUCACCUAAAUGAUCUGGUGAAAUUUUCCCGACCAGGUGGUAAAAUUAGUAAAGGCAUUGUGAAAUACAUUGGACCUAUUCCGGACAAAAGUGAUCAAUAUCUCGGCCUUGAGUUAGAAGACGAAGAAAGUAAACACGACGGUGUUUAUCAAGGACAACGUUUAUUUCAAUGUAAACCAAACAAAGGAGUGUUCGUUGGUUUCAGCAAAGUAAUCAUGGCCUGGAGUGGCAAAUAA